GCAACUCUAAAAUCGAAGGAGUUGUGAUACUCGUGGAGAAUCUUUUCCUUUACAGUAUUCUCAAUAUUUCGUUCUAAAUUUCAGUCAACUGUUAUUGAAAGCUCACCAAGAUGUAUGCCGAAGAAUUUGAUGAUUACGAGUAUGAGGCCGAAGUCUACGAACCCACCGGGGAUCCGCGUCUUGAUGCCGAAAAUGAGCGAUACACUGGAUAUGGAAGUGCUCCACAAUAUGCUCAGUAUAGUAUGCCAGAAGUGAUCAAGAAAUUUAUCAUUUACUUCCGUGAAAUGGUCAACUCUGGAAAGUUGUAUGAAAUCCAGAAUGUCUACGAAAAUACGUUUCCAAAGUUAACUGAGGAACACUUCAAAUCAUCUCCAUGGCCAGAUGCUGAUGAGGUUUCUCCUCUGGUGGAUGAUGAUUUACCUUUCCUUAUCUUGUACAAGGAACUCUAUUAUCGUCACAUUUAUGCACGAAUUCAAGGAGGACCAACAAUUGAGCAGCGUUUUGAAUCAUAUUAUAACUACUGCCAACUUUUCAAUCACAUCUUGAGUGCAAAGAGUCCAGUGGUUUUGGAACUUCCCCAUCAGUGGCUAUGGGAAAUCAUUGAUGAAUUUGUCUACCAAUUCCAAUCCUUUGCUCUUUUCCGUUGCUCUCUUCACAAGAAAUCAGCCGAAGAACUAGAAUUUAUUAGAAUUAACCCAACACUAUGGAACAUUCAUUCUGUGUUGAAUGUGUUGUAUUCAUUGGUUGAUAAGUCUAACAUCAACCAACAGUUAGAGGCCUACGCUAAAGGUGAAGAUCCCGACACCGUAGCAGGAGAAUUUGGUCGCCGACCCCUUUACAAAAUGUUGGGUUAUUUCAGUCUUGUCGGUUUGUUGAGACUCCACUCAUUAUUAGGAGAUUUCUACCAAGCUGUCAAGGUUCUUGAAAACAUGGAGCUCAACAAAAAAACUCUAUACUCUCGGGUACCUGCAUGCCAAAUCUCGACCUACUACUAUGUUGGUUUUGCUUACCUGAUGAUGAGGCGGUAUGCCGAUGCCAUUCGUACGUUUUCACAUAUCUUGCUUUACGUCCAGCGCACCAAGCCGCUAUACCAGGCUAAAACGUACCAAAACGAUCAGAUUAACAAACAAACCGAGAAAAUGUAUGUUUUGUUAUCAGUUUGCCUCGUUCUUCAUCCCCAGCGAAUUGACGAGUCCCUCCAGGCAGUGCUAAGAGAGAAGCCUCAUGCCGAACGCAUUGUGCGAAUGCAAAAGGGAGAACUUCAAGAAUUCGAAAACGCUUUCGCGUUCGCUUCACCCAAGUUCUUGUCUCCCGUUCCUCCACCCGUGGAGGCACCACCUGCUGAUCAUCGCCGUGAACCAUUUCAACAGCUAGCCAAAGUUUUCAUGGAUGAAGUGCAACAGCAACUCACCUUGCCCACAAUUCGAAGUUAUCUGCGUUUGUACACUACUAUGCCUGUGGCCAAAAUGGCGGCUUUCUUGGAAAUGCCAGAGACGGAAUUCCGCACUCAUCUGUUAUGCUUUAAACAUAAGAUGAAAAACGUCGUAUGGACCAAGGGCACUUCGGGAUUGGACGGUGAACUGCAAUCGGGUUCUGAGGUGGAUUUCUAUAUUGACGGAGGAAUGAUCCACAUUGCCGAUACAAAAGUAGCUCGCCGCUACGGUGACUACUUUAUUAGGCAGAUCCACAAAUUUGAAGAAAUUAACCGCGUAUUAAAAACACAGAAACUUUAAACAAGUAUCGGGGAUAUCCAUUCCUUUGAAUAUUUACGUUUUACAUCUAAUGGUUUUCAAAGGCGGAAUACAUAAACUAAAGGAGGAA